AAAGGUCUGGUUUCACAGUCAGACCUGUGGCUGGAUAUUUGUCACCUCGUGAUUUCUUAGCUGGCCUGGCCUACCGGGUUUUCCACUGUACCCAGUACAUCCGCCAUGGUUCGGAUCCUCUUUAUACUCCUGAACCGGAUACAUGCCAUGAACUUCUGGGACACGUGCCUCUGCUUGCUGACCCCAAAUUUGCCCAGUUUUCUCAAGAGAUCGGUUUGGCCUCUCUGGGAGCAUCUGAUGAAGAUGUCCAAAAACUUGCUACU